UGUGUAUUGUGUACAUUUUAUAGGUUAUGUUUCUUUGUGAUUGUUAGUUAUUGUAAAUAGAUUCAAAAAACAAAAUGAGUUCAGCGAGUAAGGUUGGCGAGAUUUUCACAGCAGCUGGACAAGCAUUUAAUCGAUUAGGAGACUUAACUAUGCAGUUACAUCCAAAUGCUGAAUCUCCAACAGGAAAAUGGACUGAUGAAGAAAUUGAGAUGCUAAGACAAGUAGUUAAGCAAUUUUCUGAAGGUUUAAAUCAAAUUAGUGAACACAUUAAGCGGAGAACAGUAUCCCAAAUUAGGACGGCUUUAAAGAAAAAAGCAUUUGAGGAUGCUGGUUUACCGGUACGACAAAUUAGUACGGUCGCACAACCUGCUCAGCAGCAAAACGUUCAGCAACAGCCCAUGAUAAAGUCGGAAGUUACUUUAAAUAUGCUAAACGCUGCUGAAUCCGAGGUAGACGUUGAAGGGUUACAUGAAGAAGUCAAGUUGGAAUUUGAUGGUGGAAAUGAAGAGGUGUCAUCGUAAAAAAUCGGUGUAAGGUUAUGUAUAUAAAUUUAAUGUUAAAUUAUCGACAUUUAAGCAGAUUAAGUACAAUAUAUUAUUGUAAUGUUUUUAAUUACCCAAUAAAGAUUCGUGUUUUGUAAAA